AUGGCGGAGGCAGUGACGUCGGUUGCCCUAUCAACCUUUCGCGAUCUGCUCUUAGAGGAAGCUAGAUUCUUAAUAGGCGUUCGCAGAGAAGUGAGGACACUAGAGAACGUUCUUAAAGAUACGAAAGCUCUUCUGAUUGAUGCUAAAAGACAACAACACGACACUGAGACCGUCCGCAGCUGGCUCAAGCAGGUUAGGGACCUCGCCUACAGAGCUGAAGAUGCCAUUAGUCUCUAUGCAACCAUUAAAGUUUCAUCCAGGAUAAGUCUGCUCCGUCGAUGCUCUUGCAUCCUUAAAGGGAGCUUCUCUCUCCACCAGAUUGCCUCUGAAGUCAAAGAAAUCAAAUCCGAGAUUGCAAGAGUCAACACAAGCAUGCAAAACUACGGGCUAAAAAGCAUCAUUCAAGGGGAAAGCUCCGCCGACGGCAGUGAGAGGAGAUGGCAGACCUUCCCCUUUGACACUGAAGUUUUUGUGGGGAAAGAAGAAGAAGUGGAGCAACUUGUAUCCCAUAUAGUUGGUGAUGAAGAACACCCCGUUAUUUCGCUGUGGGGGAUGGGUGGCAUUGGCAAAACUACUAUUGCUCGGAAAGUGUACAAUCACCCCAGUACCAGGCGUUCCUUUGAAUCCUUCGCAUGGGUUUGCAUUUCUCAAAAGUGCGACUCCAAAUCAGUUUUGGAGGAUGUCAUGACGCAACUCAGCCCAAUCCACAAUGGCUCAGAUUUGAGCCUCCCAGAGUUGACACGCCAAUUGUUUCAAGUCCAGCAGGUUAAAAAGUGCAUGCUUGUCGUUGAUGAUAUUUGGAGUACUCACCAUUGGGAACAUCUUAAGCACGCCUUCAAUCCAAAAACCAAAAUUUUAUUGACCACAAGAAUUUACAGCGUUGCGAAAAUUGGAUUCGCAAUCAAGGCUGGCCUCCUCAGCGACGAUGAGGGUUGGGAAUUGCUCAAGAAGAAAGCAUCUACACAUAUGAAUUUUCCUAAUUUCCAAUCCGAAGAAAAUAAUAUGCUUGAGAAAAUUGGGAGAGAAAUGGUAGGCAAGUGUGGGAAUUUACCACUUGCCGUUUCAUUACUUGGCGGGAUACUGAGUAACAAGAAAUCAAGUAAAGAGUGGGGAUUAGUUAAUGAAAACAUAACUGCAUUACUGUACAGAGGUGUUGAAAAUGUGAAAGAUGAAAUUCAGGGAGUGUUGUACUUAAGUUACCAGGACCUGCCUUAUUACUUGAAGCCAUGUUUUCUCUACAUGGGUAUUUACAAGGAAGAUGAAGUCAUAACUGCGAUCGAUCUAUGUUUGAUGUGGAUUGCACAGGGCAUGAUUUCGCGUGAGAAUAACUCAGAUGAAGUGAAUUUGGUGGAAAUAGCACAACACUACUUGAGUGAGUUGGCAUCUAGGUCAGUUGUGGAGAUUGUAUGUGAUGAUCCUAUUCGAGGACAGACGACCAGAUUGUGUAAACUUCAUGAUGUUGUGCGAGAGAUGUGCCUGUCAGUGGGAAUGGAAGAAGAUUUUGGCUUGCAAAACUUAGAUUACGAGGGUGGAGCAUUUAGUGGUUUUUUGCAUGCCAGUUUGUCACGCGUUAAAACACGCCAUUUGGUGGUGAAUUUGAAAAGUGAAAUAAAAGAAGAAAACAAUGAGCUCACAGUCACUUGCAACGAAAAUACCACCAGAAUUGUGAGAUCUCUACUUUUCAUCAAUGACAUCCACGGAAGAUCAGAGAUUGAAUUUCCGGAGUUUGAUUUGAAGAACUUCAAAGUGCUUAAAACUCUAUCUUUAUCUGGAGUUAAUUUCAAGGGAGGAAAACUGCCUAAGGCAAUAAGUAAACUAUUUCUGCUUCGGAUUUUAAGUUUGCGUGAUUGCAAUUUUGAUGAACUACCAUCGUCCGUAAGCAAUUUGGUAUACUUGCAUACCCUUGAUUUAUGGAAUAGUCGAAACAUAUGGAUACCUAAUGAUGUUUUGAAUAGAAUGGUACGACUAAAGCACUUGUUUCUUCCUACAUACCAUGUUGGUUUUGAGGAGAUAGAGGAUUAUAGACUAAUGUUGGAUGGUCUUGAACAGCUAGAGACAUUGGUUGGGUUUAACAGUUUGGUGCAUCAACUUAAUUCUCCAACCAAAAUGAAGAACCUCCGACAUUUUGAAGGCACAGUUCAUGACAAUCAAAGCCUUUCUGAUAUCAUUCAUGCCUCGUGUACGAGCUGGAAGGAUUUAAUCUGUGGUGGUCUUAAAAUCAGAGAUGGCUGCCAGUUUUCAUCUGCAGAUGAGGAUGUGAUGAAUUUCAAGAAGUUGUUUACUCUUCACAACUUGUACAUAUUUGUUCCGAUAGGAAAUCUGCUCAAGGAGUUGGGCAACCAAGUCUAUACCUCAAAUCUGGUUCUUUUGAUCUUGUCCGAUUCUGAAAUUUUGGAGGACCCAAUGGAGACAUUGGGAAAGCUUCCCCUUUUAGUUGAUCUGUUGAUGUCUGAGAGAUGCUUUUUGGGGGAACAAAUAACAUGCCAUGCAUCUGCAUUUCCUCGUCUCGAGAAGCUUGGAAUAGCAGGUUUACCAAACUUAAGAGAAUGGAAAGUGGAGAAAGGAGCCAUGCCCCUCGUUUCAAAGAUGGGUAUCCAUAACUGCCCUUGCUUGGAGAUGGUUCCUGAUGGAUUCAUAUUCCUUGAUGCUUUAAAAGAUCUGCACAUUUGCGGAAUGCCAGAAGUAGGAGAACGAGUGACUGAAGGCGGUGAGGAUUUCCACAAAGUGCAGCAUGUUCUUUCCAUCGUGGUCAGGUAG